CCCUGCCUCUCAGAGUAGUAUAAAAAGACACGGGUUGUUUUGCUUCAUUUCAAACUCGGAGCAGGAACGUAAUAGCCCACACGCAGCCCAAUCCAGUUCGAUUUGGAUAUUAAACAAUUUACCGGUAAACCGAAGUCAUAACGUGGUUAGCCACAUUUUUUGGGGUCCUCCUGUUUUCUUGCAGUGGACCUUAGCACAGUUCUUCUGACCCGGUUCUUCUGACCGACUCGUAAAACGGAUAAUUCUGUACAGCUUCUGCGAUCGACACACACAAACACACACUCCAGUUUUCUUCUGGAACUCUGUGAUCACCGGGAACCUUAGAUGGAUGUGGAAUCUCAGAAGAGCGCACGCCCCCGUGGACGGUGCCUGGACGUUUUCUUGGUCGGUUCUAUCGUUUUGCUCUUCCUGGUGGUGGCGACAGUUGUUGUCAUGGGAACUUUGGCUCUUGUGGAGCUACGGUCAGAGAUCGGGGUUAAGCCUUCUGUUGUGGAUAUGCAAGGUACAUCGGAGACGCACCACGGCGUGCCCCUGUCCAUGCCCGCGUACAAGAUGCAGAACUUGGCCUACCUGCAACUCACCUCCGCCAAGCUGGAGAACAGCACAAUGUCCUGGUCCCAGGUCAAACAUGGACUGGAGUCCUCUGUUGGAGAUCUGUACGAAUACAACCUUCACCAACAUACAUUGCAAACCAAGCAGGGUAGCUUCUACUUCCUGUACCUGGACCUCCAGCUCAUCUGUACCGCCAACUGUAGGCGGGGCAUCCUCGUCGUCCAGAUUGCAAGUCACGGUGACGAAAAGCUCACAUGCCAGGUGGAGCUCCCAGAGUGGUCAGUGUCAAACCCUGUGACAACGGUAACCAGGAAGUGCUGGAGGGUGACACGGCUGGACCCAGAGAGCCGGUUGAUCGGCCAUAUGGUGGUGCAGGAAGCACAGGACACGUUCUGGAAACUGGACGUGAACGGAUCCGGAAUGGGAGUUUUCUUAGUGGGUUGAUAUGGGCCACGUUCAGUAGCUAAACCUUGUGAAGCGUUGCAGGUAGAGACGCCGUGAACAGAGCCGACGUUAUUCUUUCAUUAAGAUGUCAGGGAGGCAUAUAGUUCUACUUUGCUGCUAUCUGAACAUUCCGAAACGUUGCGUCCUGCUGAACGCACCACUGGGGUGGAAGUUAGGGCUCCGCCACAGACGAAGGGAAGGAGACGAGUAAAGGAAGCGAGCUAAGGGUACUGAGAUGCACCCCAUCUAGGAGAACUUGCAGACAGAGAGAGUCUUCCCACCAUGCACUGUUUGUGGACUUUGACCUCUGUCGCUCAGGGCAUCUCCAUGGAAACAAUUUAAACGAAACAAUUCAGGUCUAUUUAUAUGGAUAUUUAUUGAAUGUAUAUACAUUUAAUGUAUAAAUAUGUGUAUUUAUAUAUUUGUACUCAGGGUUACAAUGUGUUGUUUAUUGUUAUGUGUAGAUGCCACUACGUUGGUGCUGGUGUAUAAUACACAUGAUAUACUGUGUAUAUACAUGGAUACAUGAUAUCAUUGAUUUGAUAUGCCUUAUUACCGUUGCUUGGCAACCACAGUAACCUCCUCAGAGUCUUCAGGUGGGGUUCUGUUCUGUUCAGGAGCAACAACAAAAUGGACUCUUAUUUUCUUCAAGGUAGAGACUCAGCGAUAUGUCACAGGUGCAGAAAGUAAUCAGCCUGGUGGGUUCUCUGCUGUUCUGUUCCCGUGGCUACCAGGUUGCGACAGCGUGAGGCCAACCCGUACACACGCGCAGAUACAGUGUGAGAGUGAAGACGUGCAUCUCGCUCAUCUCAGUAUCAGCGGUGUUGCUCGUGGCAACGUCGUUUGGCUGAGUCUAACUCUUAACUUUGUUUCCUAUGAUAUGAUUUGCUGUUGGCCGGCCAGGCAGCCUCCGAGGUCCUGUACUCACUGAGUGAGCUUAGUCACAGAGCUCAGCCGGCAUGCAUCCCAAAUGGCACCCUCAUUCCAUAUAUAGUGCACUACCCUUGACUAGAGUCUAUAGGGUAGUAGUGCACUCUAUAGGAGCAGGAUGCCAUUUGGAACGCAGGCAUGGGCUUCCAAUCCACUGUGGGCGUCCACAGCUCAUGUCAGGAGGAACUCAGUGACAUCAUUACAUUGCCAAGCGGACGAGAUGAUAACAUUUGCACAGGUCACUAUGACCAAUUGAUGAAUGUAUUUAUUUAUAAAUGAUAUGUUUACUAUGUGUUAUUUAUGUAUUAUUUAUGUUUCAUUAACUGUACUUAUGCUGAACUAGGUAAUAAACCUGGAUAUACACAA